GUGAAGGCCGAAACUGGCACAAUGGAAGGGGUGCAGGGACGCCACACUGACAACUCCAACGAGUCCAAGCAGGGGAUGGGGAUCCGCUUUGACACCAUGUUGAGGGGGUGUACCAUCUCUCUUUCUAGGCGAAGUUCGUCAUUGAUUGCUCUGGCCACUGUCUCGCAUGGAGGGGGCCCAUCCCCGCGCAGAAGGAAGUUCCAUUCUGAGCGAUGACCUGCUGGCGCUCGUCUUCACGCACCUUGGUGACUCCGAGGACCGCCACACUGCUGGCCUGACUUGCCGCGCAUGGCUGCGCGUGGCCAGCACCCUGGUGGUGCGCAGCCUGCACGUGCUGCGCCCCGGCGUCCUGCCCGCCCUGCCGGCCCGCUUCCCCACCCUCACUGCCCUUGACCUGUCUGCCGCGCGGGCAGUGCCGGAGGAUGCCGUGAAGGCCAUAGCUGCGGCGUACCAGGGCAGCCUGGUCAGUUUGAGUGUGGCCAACAAUAAGGGGCUGGCUGUUUCUGCCCUGCGAGCUAUCAGCAACUGCCGCAGCCUCACCUUGCUCGACCUCAGCAACUGCCACCACGACGCCCGCCCCAUCACUGACGAGGCCAUUGCGCCCCUGGCAGCAUGCCGCAUGCUGCAGACGCUGCGGCUGGCAGGCUGUCGCGCUGUGACUGACACAGGCCUGGGGGCGCUGGUGCCUGCACUGGGGGCCCUGCGGGAGCUCUCGCUGCGCUGGUGCAGCGGCCUGACUGAUGUGGCGCUGGGGGGGGUGGCACGCCACCUGGUCGGCCUGCAGCGCCUGGACCUGGCGUACUGCGCGGUAGGGGAUACGGGCCUGGCCGCUGUGGGGCGCCUGCCCGCGCUGGCGGAGCUGGUGCUCGCGUGCUGCUCCUGCAUCUCGGACGCGGGCCUGUGCCGCCUGGCGCAGGGCAGCCCCGCGCUGCACAAGCUGGACCUCUCGGGCUGCAAGGGGAUCAGCGAGCGGGGCGUGACAUGCUUUGUGGGGCGAUGCCUGGGGCUGCGUGAGCUGGUGGUGGCGCAUGACGCGCAGCUGCUGCCCCGCGCGCUGCACGCGUACCACCACCUGCAACACCUCCAGGUGCUGAACGUGUCGGCCUGCCCCGUCAGCGAGGAGGGCCUCCUCCUGCUAGGUGCAGGGUGCAAGCACCUGACGACUGUUACGCUGUGGCGCUGCCCCGGCGUGACUGACCGGGGCGUGGCUGCGCUGGCCCUCGGCUGCCGCCUGCUCACGGCCCUCGACCUGACGUGCUGCCGCGACGUGUCGGGCGCCAGCUUGCUCGCGCUGGCCGACUUCUGCCCCCACCUCCAGGUGCUGCGCCUGGAGGGCUGCCCCGCCGUCACCCCGGCUGCGCUGCUGGCCCUCGCGCAGCGCUGCCCCGGCCUGCGCCACCUCGACCUCACUGACACCGCCCUUGACGACACCGCCGCGCCCGCCCUCGCAGCGGCCGCCAACCUGCAGGUGCUGCGGCUGGGGUUCAGCGCGCUGACGAAUGCGGGCUUGCUCAUCCUAGCGGCCGAGUAUGCGCGGCGUGGCGGUUCUGUGCUGGAGGAACUGGACCUGUACAGGUGCUCUGCGCUGGAGGACGCUGCCCUGGCCGCCCUGCUGCCGCACUGCCCGCGCCUGCGCAAGGCCAACUUCUCCUACUGCCUCCGGCUCUCCGACGCCACGCUGGCUGCGCUGGCGGGGUGUCCGCUGCUGGACAACCUGGAGAUGCGCGGCUGGGCCGGCGUCACGACCGCAGGCCUGGCCCAACUGGCGAGCGGCUGCCCGCGGCUGGCGGAGCUGGACUGCAAGCACGUGGCCCUACAGCCAGACGCGCUGGCGGCCCUGGUGGCGCACUGCCCCACCCUGCGGCAGAUACACAUGAGCGGCUGUCCCGCCUCUGACGCCACGCUUGCGCCCCUCGCCCAGUGUCACACCUUGCAGACAAUCAAGAUGGUUCAAUGCCGGUUUUUGACGAGUCAAUGUCUCAAGCCCUUUUUGGCUGGAUGUGAGAGCCUUCGCAAGAUCAAGCUCGAUGCUAGGCUCAGAGCGUGCGUUCCUCACCAAGAUGUGGCAGCGCUAGAAGCGCGGCUCUGCUACAUCAAGUGGAUGCAGAAAGGGGAGGACAAGUAGCAAUGCGUUGGGGUGCUUUUGCAAUAGUUGUGCUGGGUAUUGCUCGAAACAGAGAGCAAAAUGCUAGGAUAGGUGGACGAGAAAGUUGUGACGUUUGGGUCCGUGAGCUUUCGGCCGGAAACCAGAGGAAUUGAUUGAAAGCUGAAUUUUGUAGCAUGUACUUUAAGAUGUUGAUAUAGCCACCGACACAUCAUCGACAUCAAGGGUAAACGUGAGUAUCAUUCACCACCAACACAUCAUCGACAUCAAGGGUA